AUUCAAGGCUUCACGCACGCAAAACAACCUGUUCCGCUGAUAGGAUAACUCGCCAUCAGCUGAUCAUGGGUGAAGAUUAGCGAAAUAACAGCUUUGGUUCGUAGAAUCUAAUUAACGUCAGGAGAGCUUGGGUUUGGUGUCCUGCUCGACGUUUACGAAUUACAUACGUUCACUCUGGACGCGUACACUGCCGCCCGAACCCGAAUUCUUCACCUGGCGACGUCAUAGUGCUGUCUAUGUAGGAUCACACGCUGCUUCAUGUAUUACACACCUUGUGGAAGGUUCACUCCCUCAGGUGUCCUUGUGCUUAUUGGAUAUGGGAGAUAGGUGGAUGACAGCAAUGCCGGAGUCUUCACUGGAAAACCAAGAUAUUUCAUGUAACUCCUCCCAGUUCACUAUAUAUCCUUCAAUGUAUCCUACUCAGUUUGCAGUACACUCCUCUAUACCCUUUUCCAAGAACUCCUAUAGCAUAUUAAGUGCCUUUUGCUCAGAGGAGAACAUAUCACAGUGCAUCUCAUACAUCAAUCAGGAGGUGUCUUCCUUGGGCUUUCCAGCAAUAUGUACAGAGUGCAGUGGCCAACCAGAACUAAACAUGGUCUCAGUGCUCAACACGGUGUAUGAACUGCUGCAGCUGCACCGCCGAAGCCAACGCACGCUGGAGAACCUGGAGACAGAGCAAUUCAAGUACAGCAGUAACCUUGAGCAUCUGCAGCUCAGCAAUUCCAAGCUCAAGGAUCAACUUGAGCAUUCCAAAAGGGAAAACACUGGACUUUUUGAGAGGGAGCGACAACUUCAAAUGAAAAUUAAGAGCCUACAAAACAGUCUGAAAAAUGAGAAGGAGGAGGUGCAAAAACUUCAGAACAUAAUAUCAAGCCGUGCCACACAGUACAACCAUGAUAUGAAGAGGAAAGAGAGAGAGUACACCAAACUGAAGGAACGUUUGAAUCAACUUCUAAUAGACAAGAAGGAUAAGAAACUUGCUAUUGAAGUAUUGAAUUAUGUGGGAAGAUCUGAUGGGAAGCGAAGCCUUUGGAAAACUGGCAAGACUGAAGCCAGGAAUGAGGAGGAAAUGUACCAGACCUUGUUGAAAAACUAUGAGAGUCGACAGAAGGAUUUGAUGGUGGAGAAUGCAGAGCUGAAGAAGGUGCUUCAGCAGAUGAAAAAAGAAAUGGUCUCAAUUUUGAGUUCACGGAAGCACAGCCUGAAAGGCGAGACAAUCGAAGAGAGUCUUGAACAGACUGCAUCUGACAAUGAGGAGGAUGUGUGUGACUCCAGUCGCGAGACCCUGGAGCUUUCUUGUGAACAUGCUCGAGAGCAGCUCACCAACAGCAUCCGGCAGCAGUGGAGACUGCUGAAAGACCACAUGGAGAAACUGAAUAGCCAAGCUUCCUUGGUGCAAAAUGGUAAAUGGGUUGAUAAUGAUGUCAUCCCAAGGAAGGCCCAUGAGGAGGAGAUGGACAAGUUGAAGCUGGAAAUUCAGCAGUGUAAAGAUUUCAUUCAAACACAGCAGCAGUUGUGGCAGCAGCAGCUUAGCUCCCCAUGUGAUGAUGAGACUGCAGCUCUGUUAAAUGACUGCUACAUGCUUGAGGAGAAGGAGCGUCUCAAAGAGGAGUGGAGGCUGUUUGAUGAGCAGAGGAGGAACUUUGAGAAGGAAAGGAAAAACUUCACAGAGGCUGCAAUUAGACUGGGCCGUGAGAGGAAAGCAUUUGAGGAAGACAGAGCAACUUGGUUGAAGCAUCAGUUUUUGAACAUGACUCCAUUUAUAGACCGUAAGAAGCCACAGACUUCAUACUCUCACAGUGCCUUAUCCAAAAGCCCAGAGUCUGAGAUGAAGAUAGUUUCCACACCAGGGCAGCUGAAAAAGUCGCUGUCACACACCAGUUUCAGUACGCCCAAAGCUACCCCAGUAAAGAUGCCAUCAACUACUGAUCUCCAUCGCACACUCCGCCUUAUCCCGGAGCACAGGUCAUUUAAAACCCAACCAAAGAUGGGGAACCUUCAGGACUCCAUCCUCAGCAGUGACAUUUCAGACAAGACUCGAGUCCUCAAGGCUGGAAACUGCAGUAUAUAUACUCUUUCAGAUGCAGAAAACAGCCCAAAAUAAAUUGCACUUUUCUUGCAACUGGACCUUUUUUUUUUUUUUUGAACAGCUGGCCACAAAUGAUGUACAAUAUAGAUCACAAAGAGCAAAAUAAACACACACUCUUCAUAUUAAUCACUUGAAGAAAUAUGCCAAAAGAUACUUCUCAUAUGAACAAUUUCCAACAUUUAAAUGUUUAGAUUUUCAA